CAUAUUUCGUAGUGAUGCAAGGACUUGGUUUGCAAAGUAUUAAAAAAAAUCCAGCGCUUAUUCCACUUUACGUUUGCGUUGCUGCAGGAGCAUGUGGCGCUGUUUAUUAUAUUCUUCGUUUAGCAACACGAAAUCCGGAUGUGACAUGGAAUCGUUCGUCGAAUCCUGAGCCAUGGCAGGAAUACAAAGACAAACAAUAUAAAUUCUAUUCGCCUAUUCGAGACUAUAGUAAAACGAAAUCGCCUGCCCCAAAUUAUGAGAACUAGUAGAAAUAU